AUGUCAACAGAUUCUACUUGCAGUUUUAAUUCAACUGAUUGCAAAGGAGCAAUUAAGCAAAUUACUAAUAAUACAAAAAUUCCAAUAACAAAUAAAGAAAUUAUUUUAGUUGGCAUGAAACUAUGUCAAACUCACUAUAAUAAAUUUAUUAUUAAUGAAGCUCAUAACCUUAAACAUAAUGAAACUUGCUCUCAUCCAAAGCAUGAUGAAUAUAAAAGUCAAUCAAAAAAUACAAAUAAAAGAUCAAAAAACCUUAAUCUUGAAAAGGUUCCAAAGAGAUUGAUGUUAAUUUUAAAUUUAGAUGAGACUGCUAAAAUUUGUAGCUUAUGCAGAAAAAGGACAGAUAAAGAUCCUGAUUAUAAUAUAUUAGAAGAAUAUAAUGCACCAAUUUCUAAAAAAGAAAAUGAUAAUAAUAUAUUAAAUAUAGGAAAUCAUGCUUAUUCAUUUAGAAAAGAUGUUUUAUACAGUGGAGAAGAAUUAAAGCAGUUUGAAUCAGAUUAUCAAGAGAUUAUAACACAAUUAACAAUUUCAAAUGAAAUUAGUUUAAGUGAUAAAAUUAAAAAAAUGUCUAACAUUCUUUAUAAAAAUCAAAGAGUAUUAAAACAAAAAACAAUUUAUGAUCCUGAUGAAUUUAAAAUUAUGUUAGAAGAAGCAGAUACAGAUUUAAUUGGAUUUUUUGAUGAAUUAUAUAAGGGAACUAAUCCUAAUACAAAAUCUGAUAAAACAAAUAAUAAUAAUAAGAAAAAACUAGUUUCUUUAUGUUAUUUUUUAGCUAGUAUUAAUAACAAAUAUAUAAAUGGAAUUAAAGCAGAUAUUGGAUCAUAUUUAGAAACUUCUGGAGCAUCAGCUUCUUCUAUUGAUACACUUGCAAAUAUAGGAUUAUCAGUAUCUCGAAGAACAGUAAAUCGACAAAAAACUUAUAUUUCAGAAGAUCAUCAGUAUACUGUAAAUGACUAUUGUUUACAAAACAUUGAAAAUAUGUUUAUACUUAAUAUUGAUGAUUAUCAUAAUAUUCAUAGAAGAAAUCAACCAACUCUAUUAAAAACACAUGACAUUAAUCACUUUGUAACAAUUUUAUUAAAUUCAAAUUCUAAUAUUCCUAAAAUACCUUAUUACUCAUUAAACAGAAUUCCAAUUCAUAAUCCUAAAGGUGUUGAUUUUAAAUUAAUUAUAGAUUAUAUUGAUGUUAGCUUCAUGAGUAAAUUAGGAAAAAGUUAUUAUCAACAAAAUGAAAUGUGGAAGCAAUAUUUAUCUGAUGAUUCUUAUGAAAAUAAAUUGGAAUUUCUUACUGUUCAUAAUUAUGAUGGACGUGUUCAAAAUCAACAAGAACUAAGAUCAAUGAAAAAUAUAUUUGAAAAAAUAGAACAAGAGGAUUAUUUAAAUAAUUUUGUAAUACCUACAAUUUGUGAUUGGCCUGGUCAAGUAAAUUUAAAAAGAGCUAUUACAUUAAGACUUAAUAAAAAAGAAAAUUCUGGAAUUUCACCUCAAAUAUUAAGUAUAAUUCCUAUGAUUGGUCCACUACAUAUUUCUUUAAAUAGCAGAGAAACAUUAUUUCAACAAUAUCAUUUCUUUUUUGAAAUGAUAUAUCAUGAUCUCUUUGGAGCUAACAAGAUUUUAGCACAAAAACCAAAGCCAAGACUUAUUAAUCUUAUAUUAAAUUUAACAUUUUAUGGAUGGAAAAAUAUUCGCAAUUUAAUUAUUAAUCGUUUUGGAAAUAUAAAAGAUGUUGAAUAUUUAAUGAUGAUAGAUUUAUUAGACAAUUCUUUACCACUUACUUUAGAUAUAUAUACUAAACUUUUUAGAUGUGGAUUUUUUGAAGGAUAUUUAGAAAGUAUUAUAAAAAUUUGGAUUUUAUUUCAAAGAUUGCAUAGACAUAAUUAUAAUAAAGCACCACUUAUAUUUUUAAGUGAUGUGUUUUAUUGGACAUUAAAUGAUCAUCCAAUACUAGAUGUUUUAAAAAAUAAUUUACCAAUUUUUAAUGAUUAUUUUGUUGAAAAUUUUCAUAGUUCUCUUAGAUAUCAAACAGCUGAAUCAAAUACUGAUAAACAAAUUAUACAAAAAGCAAAAACUAUUGAUAUUGAAAGAAAUGAUGAUGGAUUUAAAAAUACUUUUAUUAACACAAGAAAUACAAAUAUUUCAAAGGUUAAAUUAAUAUCUUUAGAAAAGAAAGUUUCAUUAUUCUUAUUAUCUCUUUUUGAUAUAAUUUAUCAUAAUAUUGGAAAAUCAAGUAAUAAUAACAAUAAUAAUAUGUUUGAACUUCCAAGUUUUAAUAAUAGAAAUGUAAAUGUUAAGCUUUUUCCUUUAGCUUGGAGUACUUCAAAUAUACCUGAUAAUGAUAAAAUUUGUGAUGCAGAAAAUUGUCUAUCAUCAAAUUCAUCAAAUAUUAUUUUAAUAUGUGGCCAUAGCUAUCAUAAAGAAUGCUUAAGUCUACUAGAUGAAAAGUGUAAAUAUUGCUUUAAUUAUUUAUCAGAAAGCAUUAAAACAAAUAUUACUAGUUUGAAUAAAAGAUUAUUUAAACCAUUAAAAGAUAAUGAAAUAUCUGAAUUUACAGAAGAUAAAGGUUUAGAUGAAGAUUAUGAUGAUGAAAAUAUUGAUAGUCUUUUAGAACAAGAAGAAUAUAAUAUAAAUAAUCAAUAUGAAAUUCAAUAUAAUAUAUGGUUAAACUAUAAUAAUAUGUAA